CUCACCCAACCAAAACCAGCAACUUUGUCCUCUCUCCUUCCCAUUUCAAACCGAAGCCCCUCGAAAAUUCAGAAGAUCAAUCUUCUCAGAAAUGGCGUUUCGAACACUGUUGACCCGAAAAGCCCUAACUUCUGCAUUUUCAAAGCAAGGUACUCUUCUCCAAUGUCGAUCGUUGCAGACUUUCUCUCUCCCUGAUCUUCCGUACGACUAUGGCGCUCUUGAGCCCGCCAUUAGCGGCGAAAUCAUGCAGAUCCAUCAUCAGAAGCAUCAUCAGACUUACAUCACUAACUACAACAAAGCUCUUGAGCAGCUCGAUGAUGCUAUGGCUAAAGGCGAUGCAUCUACUGUUGUCAAGCUUCAGAACGCCAUUAAAUUCAAUGGCGGAGGUCAUGUAAAUCACUCAAUUUUCUGGAAGAACCUUGCUCCAAUUAAUGAAGGAGGUGGUGAGCCUCCAAAAUCUUCAUUGGGUUGGGCGAUUGAUUCAAAUUUCGGUUCUCUAGAAGCUCUUAUCCAGAAAAUGAAUGCUGAAGGAGCUGCCUUACAAGGUUCUGGGUGGGUGUGGCUUGGACUAGAUACACAGUCGAAGAAGCUUCUUGUUGAAACCACUCCAAAUCAGGACCCACUGGUAACUAAAGGACCCAGCUUGAUUCCUAUACUCGGUAUUGAUGUGUGGGAGCAUGCAUACUACCUGCAGUACAAGAAUGUGAGACCUGAUUAUCUGAAGAACAUCUGGAAGGUUAUGAACUGGAAAUAUGCAAGCGAGGUGUAUGAGAAAGAGUGCCCCAGCCACUAAGUUGUAACAUAUCAUCUUUUGCAGAGAAUAAACGUUGUGCUUUAGAAAGAGAAAAUAGCCAUGCUGUGCACGCCUGCUUUGAUGUAUCUCAUUCUCACUUUUGUAUUUGCUUUGAAGAAUACAAACAGGCUGAUCAUAAAUCCCGUCUCAAACAUUCUGUUUUUUCAACAGAUUGCUAAACUGUCUUGAAUGUCAUGAACAUUUUGUGCA